UUUGUUGAAGAACUGCCAGCAACGCGGCUCACGCAACCAUCCCCCCUCCACGCACUGUAUCUGUAAAGCCGUCCCUGCUCCAGGCUGCGGUCUGGCUUUGUGGGCAAGCCCAGUGCUGGGCCUCACGGCGGCGGCGCCGCAGUUGACACGGCGGGAGGCCGGGCUGGGAGGAGGAGUAAGAACAGGAGGAAGAGGGGAAGCUGGCUGUGGCUGCCGGGCGCGCAUGGCGGCGGGGCCCGGCGGGAGCGGCAUGCUGCCCUUCCUGCGGCUGCUGGGUCAGCUCAAGAGAGUACCGCGGACAGGAUGGGUGUACAGGAACGUGGCAAAACCAGAGAGCGUGUCUGAUCACAUGUACAGGAUGGCGAUGAUGGCCUUGGUGACCGAAGACAAAAGCCUUAACAAGGACAGAUGCAUACGAUUAGCUUUGGUUCAUGAUAUGGCUGAAUGCAUUGUUGGAGACAUUGCUCCUGCAGACAACAUUUCAAAAGAGGAGAAACACAGGAGGGAAGAGGCUGCUAUGCGACAACUGACCCAGCUUUUAUCAGAGGACCUCAAAAAAGAGAUUUAUGAACUCUGGGAGGAAUAUGAAAACCAGUGUACUGCAGAAGCCAAGUUUGUAAAACAGUUGGAUCAGUGUGAGAUGAUACUGCAGGCGCUUGAGUAUGAAGAGCUGGAAAACACUCCUGGCAGACUGCAGGAUUUUUAUGAUUCAACUGCUGGAAAGUUUGUUCACCCAGAAAUACUCCAGCUUGUAUCUCUGAUUAACACAGAAAGGAAUAAAAAAAUAGCUGCUAUGUGUCAUCCGCAUUCCUGAGGUGUUCCUAAACACUGUAACUAUAUUAAAAUAUAUUUGUUUUA